GUGUGUGUGCGUUACUGCGCGAGCCGUGUGCCUUGUGCGUUCCGUUCAGUGUUUCACUAUCAAUCCCGAGCGGCUCUUCACACCACCAGUACGGUCCUCGUUUCGUUAGCGUUUCUAGUCGCGGUCCGUUUAGUAUUAAUCGCUAGUCGACCACCAGUCCGGUGUUCUUUUCGUCUCCAUCGCGUUGGCGUUUCGUUUUUUCGCGCUCUCCGGUCGUCUCAAACCGCGUCCGCCGUCGACAUUUUGCUAUUCGCCCGGCUCGCAAUAUCAACCGUAUCGCACGUGUUGUACGCGACCAAAUCGUCGUCGUCCUUCCCCCCCUCUACCCAUCCACUGCGCGGCAAUAGUAGUAGUAGUAGGAAGUAACCGUAGCAGUAGCAGCGUUGUCACAGCUAUAGCGGACACGAUUACCGCCGAAACGGUCAACCGCGGACGCUGAAGAGUCCCGCCAACGGCAAGUCGCAUUUGUACGCGCGCAAGCAUCCAGACUUCACCGUCGUCACGUAUUAUAUUCAAAUAAUAUCGUCCGCUGACUUUUUGCGUAAAUAUUCAAAAUGGAUCAAGAAGGUAAUAAUGGUAGAAGAAGAAGCUCAAGGUUGGCUGCAAGAGGCGUUAUAACUACACCAAAAGCAGAAAGUGUUGUGAAAAAGACCUUAAAGAGUUCUGAAAAACCUAAACGAUCAAAACGUAAGACAACUGAAGAAAUAAUUGAAUUACCUGAAGCUAAAAAAACUAAAACUGAAGAAAAGACAUCUGAAGAUAAGGUUGAUAAUCCAGGAAAAAAAGAAACUAACGAUGUUAACAAUGUCGAAAAUGAUGUUUCUGGUAUUUCACCAAUGGAUGUUGAAAAUGAUAUCUCUGGUAUUUCACCAAUAGAUGCUGAUAAUGAUGAAACCAAAGUGUCUCCACCAUCUGAUGUAGAGAAAAAAGAUUUACCUACAAUUGAGGAAAAGACUGAUGAACCGCUUGAAGAUUCUAAAGAUCAACAAGUUGUUGAAAAACUUCCAGUGACUGGUGAUGAGAAAGAAAAAGAUAAUAUGUCUGUUGACACUAAAGAAGAAAAACCUGAAAUUACAGAAGAACCUAUUAAAAUGAAAGAUCCUGAAGUAAUUGAAAAGCCAGAAAAUGAUGUAUCUCAAGAUGAGCCUAAACAAGAACCUGUAGCUUUGGAAAAUAGCAAUGGUAAAAACAAUGAAAACAAAACAAUUGAAUCGGUAGAAGAAAUUGUUAAUAACGACAUUGGACUUUGUGUAGCAGCUAAAGAUAUCAUAACACCAAAUGGUGAUACUGAUGAGCAAGUCAAGUCUACAAAUGGUGAUCAAUCAAUCACAGAAAAAGAGGCCAUAGAACCUAUCAAAGUUCUUCAUGAUGACACUAAUCAUGUUGAAACAGAUUUAAAAGCUGUAACUACUACAACUGCCAUUACCACCAACAAUGAUGAACCAAUCAUUGAACAAGUUGAAAAGGAACUAGAAAAAGCUGCUGACAAUGUAGUUGAUAACAUUAGUGUAUCAGCUGAUGACAAUGCACCAAAAGUGGACCAGUUAUCAACAGUUGUGUCCUAAUUUUUGCCAUUAUUCGUUUUACAAUGAAGAACAUUUAGACUUGCAAUGACUUUCUACUGAUAAUAUUUUAUAACCGUGCUCAGUAGUUAACAUAUUCUUUUUUUGUUUCUUUCCUUUACUUUAUAUACAAUUUUUAUAAAUAAGGAUUGUAGUAAAUAUUUGGAAAUAUAUAUGUUAAUUGUACUUUGCCAAAUGGUCAUCACGAAAAUUCAUAAUUUUUUAUGUAGAAUUUAUACAAAAUUUAUGUUGAAAAAUUACUUAUAAUUUAUAGUAUUAAAAAAAAAAAUUAAAUUGUAUUUAUAUUACUAAAAAUUUGGAUAAAAUAAUUUUGGUACUUAUAUUUUAAGCAUAUUUUUGGUUUUUAUAUUUAAUUUUGUCAUUGUUUAUUUUUUUUAUUUAAUGAAAAACCUAACUUCAUUUAUGGCAUUUCUAAUUGUAAAAUGAAUACUGUUGUCAGUGUUCAUAAUUUACUAAUUACACCAUGGUUAUUUUAUUGAAAAGUAUUGAUAAUUGCUUAAAAGUUUAUCAUUAAUAUUAAAAAUAAACAACUUAAAGUGAACUGCUGAUAAAUUUCUUUUAAUUUUAUAAGCUAUCAUUUUAUAAUCAUAUACAAGACGUGUAAAUAAUUAAAAUUGUAUAAGUAAGUGACAUUUUCAAUUUUUUUUUAGGAAUUAUUAGUAAAGUAUCUUAUAUUAGAAGUGUUUUUCUUUUUAAAUUAUUAAAUAAAUUAUCAUAAUAUUCCGUGUUUUUUUUUCUGUACAAAAAGUUUUAAUUUUAUUUAAUAUUGGAUGUGUUUGUACUUUUUGUUUGAAAUAUUAUUUAUAAAACAUUUUUGUUGUGAUCUUGAACACACAAGUGUUAAUGUUUUAUUUUAAAAUCAAUUAUUUUUACCUCUUUCUAUAUUAUUGUUUUACCAAUUUAAUACUACUGUGGGACCUAAAAAAGGUACCUUACAUAUUGUAUUCCUGUAUAUUAUAAUAUAUUUGAUGUAAAGUGGUAGACUUUCACGAAUUUUAAGAUGUAAAAAGUUCAAGCAAAUUUUACAAAUCUAUUUGAAAUUAAAUUUUCACUAUGCUCAUAAGUAAUCUGUAAUAUAUAUAGUGGUGAUUCUAUGCAAAAACAUUUAUACUCAUUUACAAAAAAUCAACGUAUCAUCAAGCUUAUAAUUUUUAAACAUUUAAUUGGUUUUUAUUUAAAUGUGUUUAUUUUCAGAUACCUAUUCAUAAUUUAAAUUUAAACAUGUAUUCAAACAACAAUUUACUAUCAAUAAUGAUUAAUUAACUGGUAUUUAUUCUUUACUAUCUGUAGUAAAUAAUGUAAUUCAAAUAUAUAAGUCACAAAUUUAUUUAAUUCAUAUUUUAGAUAUCCUCUGUGGUAACACCUACAUGUAUGAAGGCUAAAGAAUUGGUAGUAUUAUUUAAUAUAAUUGAUUGAAUUGAUUUUACUUAAUAAUACUAUGUCUAUAAUCAAUGUUAAAAUGUACUUUGUUUAUAUAUGUGAAUUACAUUUUUUAAAUUUUUAAUCUAUAACUUGAGUAGUAAAAAUCUUAAAAUGUAACUUUGUAUACACGGUUAUAUUUAUAUUAUUGUGUAAUUUAAUACAUUGUACAUGACUGUAUCCAGUACCUGCCUACUUUAAUAGGACUGAUAAAAUAUUAUCAAGAUAGAUAAACAAUAUUGUUUCUCAAUCUCGAUGUAAAUUAUUUUUAUGUUCAUUAUAAAUAUUGGUUCAAUAUUUUGUUAAUUCGUGAAUAAAAUUGUCUAUCAUUUUUA